AUGCAGCUUCCCCGUGAGCUCAGAGAACUACUCGGAACUAGGCGGUUUUGGACCGACUUCUUUUGGAUCACCGAAGCUGAAGAUGACGCGUAUUCGGAAUUAGAGGACACAGUCUGCAUCGACUUACCUAUCAGCCUGGGAAGCGAGGGCUCCUUUCUGUCCCUCGAGUUCUCUAACGACCUAGGCUUCUUUGAAUUACAGCUCAAGAAUGGCGUCCAUUCUCAGCAGCUAGGCUGGGAUGAUGGAGCGCACUGGCACCCACAUGUCCUCCGCUGGGACGAGCUCGACCUCGUCUGCCGCGCCGUUGCUCGCCUCAAUCCUGACCUGCCUCAUCCAGGCCUGCCGCUACUCCUACUGCACCGCUUCGCCCCAAUAUGCGGUAGGCGUGGUGGUGAUGACGAUGACGCUCCAUUUGCAUCCGCCCUCCUCGAUGCUGCCUGGCGGAGUCUCGGCAUCUUUUCAGAUCGAGAAGUUCAGAGGCUAAUCGAGAGAAGCGAUGCUCGAGACGCUGGCUUCAUCUGGCGUCAGAAUGGAACUCAAGGAGUUUGGUUUCUUGAUCAGGAGGAAAUCACUGACGGGUGCGAAAACUCGUCACAGCGAGCGCUGUACACUCUCCGCUCCCAGCCUUCUGAACCCUCGGAUGACCUUGAUUGCGAAGAUGACGAGGGACACGAGGAGCAUAGCGAGUACGGAGAGAGUGAAAAGAGUUGCAAUUCAUUCCCCCAUCACCAAUUGGGAUCCAUGCUCGAUCGAGCUCAGCAAACAGUUCUCAGAUCAGCGAAUGGCGACUUGACUCAGGAUGGAGUGCUCCCCUCUGAGCGCCCCUCGGCGCCACACUAUACCCUACGACCCCAGCAUACUCUGGAUUUGCGUGUGCCAGUUCAGGAAGGGUCCCGGCCGCUGGGAAAAGAGGUACCAGCACGUGUGACCGCUCCUCUCAACAGGAUCCUCAGUGAUCUAGAUCUCGGCUGGGCACAGUGGACGGGCUCUAGGGCAAGGAGACAGGAAGACGGCACAUUUGUCGAUGUUGAUAACUCUCUCGCGGUUCAUGUUCACGGCAAUCGGGACCAUGGUGUGCAGUCUUCGCGCAGGUCGAAACUUGCAGGUUCCUCUUGGCCUAGCAGAUUCUUCUGCAGCGACACGAGAGCUACAUUUCCAGCUUACGACUUCUCGCACGCAAAACCCGGCGUCAGCCAAGCUCAGAAGUUCCAGAUGCAACUGCCUGCGGCAUGCCUAGAAGCUAUUCGUGCUGAUCCUGAAGCCACUAUCAAGGAUUUCGGGGAUGACGGGUGGCUUACGGUUACGCCUCGAGGCGAACCCGACGCCAAUCUCCAGAACCUCGAGCGUAGCAACUGGCUCGUCAUCACGGCCUCAGAUGGGGGCAAGAUGGGGGUCUGCUUCGCGCCUACAGAAGAAGACGCGAGCCUCGCCAGUGGAUCUUUGAGAGUGGAAGAGUUGUCACCUGGCUUGGCGGGUAUUAUAUAUCGUCUUUUGUCAACACAACAUUUGGCGCUGUUCCCUCCGGGUCUCGUUGCACACAUGCACCCAUCUCUGCCACUGAUGGAGACCAAGACACAAGUUUUGUCGUCGGACACCACGCUUUACCAGAUCCUAGUCAAUGGCGCGUACGCCUGGUGGUCAAGGCCAGUUGACAAUGAGUUCAAAGUUGUGGGGACUAACAUGACGGACAUAUCAAAGGCGCCAGGCCCGGGCAUUUUGGGCCUCUAG